UGACUGGUGCCACAAACCACCGUUUCCUCUUUGCGGUUGACUAGAUGUUUUACUUUGUACAAAAAAUUAUAAUAAUAAGACAAACAAAACAGACGAAUUCAUCAGGCCUUGAUAACGUAACAUUAUCUCCAACUGACAAAUGGCAUAACAACGUCUGCUCAUCUGCCUACGCGUGAAGAAGAAUGACAGUCCACCGUUCUGCACAACUGAGAAAUGUUUCCGCCUAUUUACCAUUUAUUCUCCACGGGCGAAUGUAAUCGCGUUCUCCAGAGAUCGUUCCUUUAUUAAGUUUUAACCAAGACUCUGUUAUUGACAUUUGUUGUUUCCGCUUAAGCAAUUGUUGCGAUAAAACACUAGUUUUGGACAAAUUAAUACAUAUGGACUGAUGACUUGUGGUAACUGGGAUUGAGCCACCGGCAUCUCAAGAGGAAUAUCGCGCGGCGCGUUGACAGAUCUUGGUGAUACUGUGGCUUUGGUGAUAGUAAUUAUUUGUCUUUGCGAUGUCCACGAGGAAGGCAUCGUUGAAGGAUAAAGAGACUAAUAACGGGACAUCCAGAUAUGUGUUGGAAAGAUGCGCCUCGGUUAACGAGUGUUUUGAUAUUUCCUUCAAGGUGAUGCUGCUGGGAGACUCUGCGGUGGGAAAGACAUGUGUGCUGGUGCGCUUUAAAGACGGGGCCUUUCUGGGAGGCAACUUCAUAGCCACCGUGGGAAUAGACUUUAGGAAUAAGGUUGUUACGGUGGACAACGUCAAGGUCAAACUCCAGAUCUGGGAUACUGCAGGCCAGGAGAGAUUCCGCAGCGUCACACACGCCUACUACAGAGAUGCUCAGGCCCUCCUCCUGCUAUAUGACAUCACCAGCAAGUCAUCCUUUGACAACAUCAGGGCCUGGCUGACUGAAAUUCAUGAGUACGCUCAGAAGGAUGUGGUCAUCAUGUUGCUCGGCAACAAGUCAGACAUGGUCGCUGAGAGAGUCAUCAAGCGUGAGGAGGGAGAAAAGCUGGCCAAGGAAUAUGGAGUGCCUUUCAUGGAGACCAGUGCCAAGACUGGGGUCAACGUAGAGUUGGCCUUCCUGGCUGUAGCAAAAGAUUUGAAGCACAGAGCUGCCAAGCAGCCCAACGAGCCCAAGUUCCAGAUCCAUGACUACAUUGAGUCUCAGAAGCAGAAGUCUGGUUGUUGUGGUGGCUACAUGUAGCUUAGCCUUUCACCAACUUUUACCCAACACCAGGCCACAGAGAGAUAGAGAGGAGGAAUUGAGGGAGAGAGAGAGACACACACACACACACACACACACACACACACACACAGAUGUGGGGUGGGGGUGGGGUAUAUAGAAGGACCAAGAGAUAAUUUGAAAAAACUGCAGAUAACACCAUUGUGAAAAAGACAAUUCUUCUCCACUUGCCUGUUUGGAAGUCCCAAUGGAAACUAGCCAACUCAAAUCCACCCCAAUUAGGAGAAACCAUUCCAGUGUUUUCCAUUCCAGUGUUUUCUGCCAGAUAGAAAACCACCCAUUAUCCAGUGUAUUUACAAUGUCAGUUAGCAUCUUGGGUCAUUCAGCUGGCAGUAAUGACUGUUUGCACGUCCCCGUCAGUCUUUAACAGUGUUUAACAUCCUGCAGACACAGCUAAACCUUUUCCAGUUUUGACUUCAUGUAAAUGGGAUUUCUUGAUGCGGUUUUGCCAGUUUUUGCCAUAUUUAGAGAGUUAUUGCAGAAUAAUCUUGUACAGAUAUUAAGUGGAAUAAAACCGAUGUUUUGGGGAUUGUGGUUUCAUUUGUCUGGCCACAUUUUAUUCUGGACUAAAUUCCAUUCGAUAUGUAUUAGGAGUGGACUUUACAAUUGCAUUGUGAUCCACAUUGUCCCUGUGGCCUCUGCUGUGUAAUGAAACUAUUGACAGUGUUUUUUUAUUAUACACCAAUUUAAUAUAAUUUUCUGAAACGUUGUGGUCAAAUGUUGCUUGAGAUUGUGGUAAGGAGUUCCAGUGUGUGUUUGAAUUGCUUUUACAACAUGCCAUCCACCACACCUGCUCUGUGAGAUCACUGAGGGGGUUUGAUUAUCUGGGGCACGUUUCCCUGAUGGGAGGAGUUUGCACUGGGUGACAAGAAAUUGCAUUCGAUUUAAUACCGGGCGUGAGCUAGAGGCCCAAAUUUGACAACCGCAAAGUCAACUCAAAACAAAAAUGACAUUAGCUAAACAUGUAGGGUACUCAUGGCCGGAUUAUCAAACAGGCAUUGACUAGGGUCUCCGAUCUACGUGGGGUUACCCAUCCCAGUUUUUAUCAUUUACUUAUUAUAAUACUUUUCAUUUUACAUUAGCCAUAGCACAUGGUGGAAGAAUGUGCCCAAAUAAAGGAAAUUAGGUGCGCUAUGGAUUACUGAGUAUGGCUCUCAGUAUAACUGGUUUUGAUAUAAACACUUGUAUGCCUUUCCAAUGGAAAUUAAUUUCAAAACUCAAGCCUAUAUUUUAUUGAAAAGGAAAACGUGCGGUUUUCUGAACGAUGAGCCUCACUGUCUUGUUGACAACUUGCCUUUCGGGGGGGACCUCAGACAAAUUAGAUUUGUGGCCCCCUCUCCCCUAUCUAUCGGGGGAGCCCUGGUGUUUGGAGGCCCCCUAGUGGUUGGGGUCCCUAAGCGAGCGCUUAUGUCACUUAUGCCUAGAACCGGCCCUGACGACAUGACGACAGCGUGGUGCAGAUCAACGCUCCUCCCUCACUGCUUUUCCCCGGACACAUCACAAACCAUUACCCAGUGAACCGCGGCUCAGGUUGACAAAACUAUAAGUCCAACACUCUGACACUGUUGUUGCAUAAAGACCUCUGUUUUCAUUAAUGGGCGUUGUUGUCUCUACAUGAGCUGUGCUGUAUUUGUUCAUAGUUAUGUAACGUUCUUUUGUGUUUGGUUCAUUAUGAAUGUUGGCUUAUAGAAUUUGCUUGAUGUCACAAUAAUUAUUAACAGUGACCACAAAGUGCCAUGGAGAAGUGCUUUGUUAUAGUACAGUAUAAAUAAAAAAACUAUUUUUUUGUA